AUGAAAGUACCUGCCCUGGUUCCCCAUGUAUUCACAACGAAACCAUCAUGGUGGAAGCGAUUUUCAAAAAAUGUUCAUACCAAACCCAACAAUCCAAAUCAACAUGAUUGGAGAACUCUAUCGCCUAACCAGCCCCCGCUUCCAAAACUUGCCACCCCAAAUACCACCCCAAAUACCACCACAAAUACCAAUAGACGUCUUUCAAAAGGAUUCUUUUCAAAUGAUAUUCAAUAUCACACAUUUGACCCAAUAUCUUUAUCUUUAUCCUCAACCUCGUCCUCAAAUUCAACUUCUUUUCAGCAAACACCAACCAAUACAUACGUUAUCCGCAGAUUAUAUCCCAUCCUAGAAGCAGACGAAGAAUUCAUGAGUACAUCAAUAGAAUCAUCAUCAAUAUCAUUACCACCACCACUUCCACUUCACAGCGAAACAAUAGAUAACCAACUCACAAAAAUCUUACAAGCUUCACCACCUUUGGACUCCCAAACUUCCUCUCCUCUAUCACCUUCACCUUCAUCUUCACCUCGGUCCUUAUCCCCACAACCGCCAAUUCAGCUAAUUCAGUCAAUUCAGUCAAUUCAGUCAGUUUCACCCCUUUCUCCACCCCAACCCCCACCUCACCACAAUAUUCCAUUGUCAAUCUCAUCAGCCUCCUCACUCUCGAGUUCGUCAUACAGUCCACCUGUCCAAUGGCCAACUCAGCAGAAAUGCGAACCCCAAUUUAAUCCGUCGUCUGUAAACAACGAAGACCAAUGCAAACGCAAGUUUGUCAAGAUGAUCCAGGCAGCCUACGAAUACCACGAAACCAACCAUCAGCCUCCAACCGAAAUAGAAAUCAUAUUCAAUUCCAAGGACGAUGUGAACCACAUCCGGCUAUUCCACUAUAUCAACGGCCAAAAGGCGGAUUUUCAUGUGUUUUGUGGGUAUGGUUUGUAUUCUGACAGGAACCCACAGUACAUCCCUCCCGAAGCAUCCUUGGGUGCCACCUAUCGAAACGGACUGGCGGAUGUUUGGGUGCUCGGCAUCUCCCUUUACCGAAUGCUCGUGGGUAAAUAUCCAUUUACAGCCACAACCGAUCGUAAAUUAUUCAAGAAGAUGCUUCAAGGGGACUUUAGUAUACCAACCCAUUUAUCUCAAGACGUAAAAGAUCUACUGCGGCGCAUGCUGGCACCCGAUGCCACUCGGGCCUCACUAGACUUGGUUGUGUUCCACCCAUGGCUUAAACCCUACAGUGUUGUCGUACCAGACCUUCCGGUUGAAUCCCCGUCUCGCUUUGCAGCCGUAAAGCCAUCAUCAUCAUCAUUAUCAACAGCACCACCAGCAGCAGUAAUAGCAGCAGCAGGAGUAUCAUCAGCAUCAGCAUCAGCAUCAGCAUCAGCAUCAGCAUCAGCAUCAGCAUCAGCAUCAGCAUCAGCAUCAGCAUCAACAGCAGCAUCACCACAAUCAAAAUCAAAAUCAAAACUAAAAUUAAAACCAUCAACAUCAACACCAACAUCAACGGCAACACCACGACAUAUCCAAACCUCAAACUCACCAUCAUCAACCUCAUCAUCAACCUCAAAUCCUAAUAAAGCAAAGAGUAAGAACAAAAAUAAGAAGAAAAAGAAGCCCAAACGCCUCCUGCGGAAAUUUCUCCUUCUUGUCCUACAAGGUCCUUGUCCACCACCAAAGCAGCCCUAUCGUGAUCUUGCGAAUUUUGGGAGAAUGCCGACCGAAAACAACGGAUUGAACCAAACGAACACUAAACUAACACUAAACUAA